AAAAUCCAAUAAGAAUAUCAAAAGGUCUUAUUUUACCAAAAUAAAUAAAUAUCAAAAGGUCUUUCUUUCUACAUGCGUUAACUUAUGUAAAGACCUAAACGUGUUUAUUAACCCUAUAUAUAUAUAUAUAUAUCAUAUGUUCCCUCUCCACAGCCUCUAUACUGUAUCUUCGGCUGAUCAUGAUCUCCCACAAAGUUGAACCAACCAAAAAGAAGAAGACGGUUCCUGAGCUACCGUCGAUGUUUUCUUCACUACCUGACGAAAUCAUAGAAAACAUUCUUGCACGUGUCUCCAGAUGGAAGUACCCAUUGCUCUCUCUCGUCUCAAAGAGAUUCCACUCUCUCUUAUCAUCUAUGGAGAUCUACAAGACGCGAUCUCAAGUAGGAGCAGAUGAAACAUGCGUCUAUGUCUGGUUAAAGUUGCCCGAUCAUCCAUGUGCAAGCUGGUUUAGCCUUGAACCUAAUAAAAAGAGAACCAAACUGAAAAGCAAAAUUGGGUUUAAGCGGGACCCAAGUGUAAUGUCGGUUGUUCCUAUACCUCGCUCUUCUACCAAUUCUUUUCCCGACCUAUAUUACACGACGACAGUUGGUCCGGAAAUUUACAUAAGUGGUGGACCCUACCCGGAACCAUCUUCCUCUGUUCGGAUAUUCGAUUGUCGGAGUCACACAUGGCGUGAUGCCCCUAACAUGAUCGUGGCACGGGAGAAUGCGGAGACAGUUUUACUCGACGAGAAAAUAUAUGUGAUGGGAGGUUGUGAUAUUGACAAGUACUAUGCCAACUGGAUUGAGGUAUUUGACGUAAAAACUGAGUCUUGGACAGCCUUUCCUGGUCCUGGCGCUGACGAAGACGACUUACGUAAUAACUUACGCAAUAAUAAUAAUGAAUGUUACAUAGUUAACGUGUUCGAAGGGAAACUUUACGUAGCCGCAGAUGAGAAGGAAUACUCUUACGACCCGAAAAAUGGUACAUGGAAACUUGUAAGAGAGAAUUCAAGUUUCACAACAGAUUCCGUAUAUAUUUGGGCUAAGAUGGGGAAUGUAACAUACGGUUGCACUGAUUCAGGGAACUUAAUGUGGUCUGGCUUUGAGAAUGAAAGUAUAGAGUGGAGGGAGAUCAAGGGUUUGGAGAAACUCCGUAAGCAUCCUACAAGAGGUUUGGAAACUGGGAUUGACUUUGGACUGGUGGGCUUUGGUGGCCAACUUUUAGUUAUGUGGUACCCGUCUCUAACCAAACGAAGGAACACAAUUUGGUAUGCCAAGAUUUCUGUAGAAUCAAGACGCAAUGGACGUGAGGUGUGGGGAAAAGUUGAGUGUGUUGAUGCGCUUACCUUUCCUGUCGAAUCAUGUGAAGGGUUUGGCUGUGUUGCUGCGUCGGUUUGAUUUCUCUUUGAGAUAGUAUGAGUUUUUUUCCUUUUGCUUUGAACAUGCUGUUUUGUCCUUAGAGACGGUCUUCAUCCCUUUGUUUUCACAUACAAUACAAGUGAAAUCAUAAAUCUAAAUUAUACAUACAUUAAUUACUAUUGGUGGUUUGCAUUUUUGGUUACACAUUAGUGUAUGGUAAUUUAUUUUCAGAUGAAACUACGAUAAUAGUGAAUUGAUAUUACGCAGAUGUACGUGACUGUGUUAAGAAUGUAAGAAUAUUAUUUUAAAAAAAAAACUGAAAAUGUACUUCGAGUGAUUAUACGGAGAGAUUUGUUACGGCAUGUCAAAUCUAUUAGGGUUCAGAAUCAAGAGCAGCGACACAAGAACUUUGAAGUCAUAUAGUGAUCUUGUCAUAAGAAGAAGCAGACCCUUUUCUUUUCUUUUGGAACUUUUUCAGACCGUUCGCUUGUGUACUCUUUCCCAGUUCUGUAAUAAAAAUUCUAAAGUCUGAACCAUUCUCUCCUACUGUUCAUAUAGAAUCCUUUUUAACUAGAUGGCGUUUUGGAGAAUGCAGAAAACGAUAGUAAUUAGAUUUUCUCCUGU